GCCGCCGCCGGGCGGGGCCAUGGCCGCGGGGCGCUCCCCGAGCACCUUCCUGCUGCUGGGGGCGGCGGGCGGCGGCAAGAGCCUGCUGGUGCGGCGGCUGCGCCAGCUGAGCGUGGAGGAGCCCGCGGAGCUGGGCGAGCCCCCGGCCACGCUGCCCACGGUCGGCACCAACCUGACGGACCUGCGGCUGCCGCCCAGAGUGACCGUGCGGGAGCUGGGCGGCUGCAUGGGACCCAUCUGGCCCAGCUACUACAGCGAGUGCAGCGCUCUCCUGUUCGUGGUGGACGCCUCCAAUCCCACCCAGGUCUCCUCGUCCUGCAUCCAGCUGCUCUCUGUCCUCUCCGCAAAGCCGCUCGCAUCCGUACCUGUCCUGGUGCUCUUCAACAAGAUUGACCUGCCCUGCUACAUGUCGCUGGCAGAGAUGAAGUCGCUGUUCCGCAUGCAGGACAUCGUGUCCUGUGCUACGCAGCCCAUCACCAUGCUGGAGAUCAGUGCCCGCGAUGGCACCGGCCUGGCCGAUGUCCUGCAGUGGCUUCGGGCUGCCCUCAGAGAGCCCGGCUGAGUCCAGCCCUGCCGCGGGCCAGGACCAUCCUGGCAUGGAGGAACGUGGCAGAGGAGCAGCUGCCCUGCCUGAGGCUGGCAGCAGAGCCCGGGACAGUGUCUUGGGCUGUUGAUGGACUGGAUCCCUGUGGGACUUCACAGUAAAMCUCUCACCAAACUGUCCCG